AUGAGAUUACUGUUGGAGAAAGAUAAAGAGAAAAGGAGAGUGGUUUUGGGAACUUCGGGAUGAUCAAAGCUUUAGAGUAAUGUGAAUUAGGGUUCCUUUCUUCUCCCGUUUGGGCUUUGGAACUUCAUUUCAGUGAUCAGAUUUCAUCGGAAUUCCCGGGACCGGAAGAAUUGGGUCGAAUUUUGAUUCAUUGAAGGGAAUAGUUUGUGUAGGAGACAUUCUAAAUGGUGUUCAGAGAUUCGCUUAAGGAGCCAAAGGUGAAAACAGAAGGGACCGAACAUGAUUCACCCGUAAUGGCUGGUUUGCAAGGUCAAGUCUCAGUGCAGCCUCCAGCGUCUUUUAAACACAACUUGAGAGUUUCAGAAGAUGAUUUGCAUCUAUUGGCAUACAUGCUCUUGGCUAAUAAAACUAAUACAAAAUGUGUCGGGCAAGGUUUGCUGGAUCAGGAAGUGCAUAGCUUAACUUUUGGCUAUAUAAGGCUGAAUGGAAAGAAACCUGUAAUUGUAGCAAGAUCUGGAGAAAAAAAUUAUGGUAAAGCAUCAGAUGAUAGUCUACUACCGGGUCUUAAUGAUGAUAUGGCAUUGAACAUUCUAGCUCGGAGCAGCAGAUCCGAUUUCCCUAAUCUUUCCUAUUUAAACAGAAAAUUUAGGUCACUGAUCGGCAGCGGUUAUUUAUAUAAAUUGAGACGUCAACUUGGAAUAAGAGAACAUUGGAUUUAUCUAGCUUGUAAUCUGAUGCCUUGGGAAGCUUUUGAUCCUUUGAGAGAGAAAUGGAUGAGACUGCCGAGGAUUCCAUGUGAUGAUUGUUUCACUUGUGCUGAUAAAGAGUCUCUGGCAGUGGGGACUGAAUUACUCGUGUUUGGUCGUGAGUUAUCCGGAUUUGCUAUUUGGAUGUAUAGUUUGACAUCUAACAAUUGGUCGAGAUGCCCCCUAAUGAAUUUGUCUCGAUGUUUGUUUGGAUCUAGCACCCUUGGGGAGAUUGCUAUUGUAGCUGGGGGCAGCGAUAAACAUGGGAACGUUCUAAAAUCUGCUGAGCUUUACAGUUCGGAACUGGGUACUUGGCAAACCUUGCCAGAUAUGAACGUCCAACGUAAAUUGUGUUCCGGUUUCUUUAUGGACGGGAAAUUCUAUGUCAUCGGGGGCAUGUUGAGUCAUACAGAUUGUUUGACUUGUGGUGAAGAGUAUAAUAUGGGGACAAGGUCAUGGAGGAGGAUAGAAAAUAUGUACCCUGGUUCCAGUGCAGGUGGUGCAUUUCAUCCUGCUAUGCGUUCACCUCCUUUAGUUGCGGUCAUAAAUAAUCAGCUUUACUCUGCUGAUCAAGCCACUAAUGAAGUCAAGAAAUACGACAAGGUUAAUAACUCGUGGAAUGUUGUGAAGAGACUACCGGUUAGGGCCGACUCAUCCAACGGUUGGGGACUGGCAUUUAAAGCUUGUGGAAACAGUUUACUGGUAAUAGGAGCCGGAGGACAUGGAAGUGGUGAUCAUAGAGUAAUUGUUCUGCAUUCUUGGAAACCAGAGGAAGGAACCAGAGAUGGAUCAGACUGGAGCGUGCUUGCGGUGAAGGAACGGGCAGGUGCUUUUGUUUACAAUUGUGCAGUGAUGGGUUGCUAGCUGUUAGCGACACCGCUUUGGUGAGAACAUGGGGAGCCAGAAGACUGGCUCCACCUCGUUAUUAAAUCCCACUUGGCUACAAUCAACUCUUGGAUCUUUAAUCACCUUCAGAUACCAUCGCUUCCGUCAAUGGGAUCACACUCACCAUGAUUCGGCCCUAGCCCUUUACCAUCUUUCUUUCAUUCAAUCAAACUUGAGUUAAACUGGUAAAGAUCGAUGCUGAAAUUGGGGGAUUCCUCGAGUUGGGUGUUACUGCUACUCUGUAAUUAACUGUGAAUCCAACAAUGCUGGACGCAGCAAUAUUAGUAGGAAUGUCGCCGGACAUCUGUUGCCGCGCUGAGUCAUGGUAACUUGAGGUUCAAAGGACUUGUUGUAAAAGAAGCAAGAGUUUUCGAGGUUUUAGGGAAGUUAAAGGCUUGUAAACGAACUGAACGAACACGAAUA